AUGUUGGCUGCUCGCUCCUUCGCCGCCCCCGCGCGGCAAUGCCUGCGCCAGGCGAACCGCUCCUCGAGAUGGGCGCCCGCGCUAUCCCAGGCCUCGACCCGCACAUAUGCCUCCGAGGUGGCCAAGUUCACGGGCACCAAGGGCAACGACGGCAAGUACAGCGUCACGCUCAUCGAAGGUGACGGUAUUGGUCCCGAGAUUGCGCAGUCAGUCAAGGACAUCUACUCGGCCGCCAACGUACCCAUCAAGUGGGAGUCAGUCGACGUGACCCCGCGGUUGAACGAGGAUGGCAAGACCGUUAUCCCCGAUGAGGCCAUCGCCAGCGUCACGAAGAACCUGGUCGCCCUCAAGGGCCCGCUUGCCACGCCCAUUGGCAAGGGCCACGUCUCGCUCAACUUGACGCUGCGCCGGACCUUCAACCUCUUCGCCAACGUCCGACCCUGCCGAUCCAUCGCUGGCUACAAGACACCCUACGACAAUGUCGACACGGUCCUGAUCCGUGAAAACACCGAGGGAGAAUACUCUGGCAUCGAGCAUAUUGUUGUCGACGGUGUUGUACAGAGCAUCAAGCUCAUCACCCGUGACGCUUCGGAGCGCGUUCUGCGAUACGCCUUCCAGCACGCCCGCGACAUUGGCAGGAAAAAGGUCCGCGCCGUACACAAGGCCACCAUCAUGAAGAUGUCCGACGGUCUCUUCCUGAGCACUGCCCGCGAGAUCUCCAAGGAGUUCCCCGACAUCGAGUUCGACGCCGAGCUGCUGGACAACACCUGUUUGAAGAUGGUCACAGACCCCGUUCCCUACAACGACAAGGUCCUUGUCAUGCCCAACUUGUACGGAGAUAUUCUGUCUGAUAUGUGCGCUGGUCUCAUUGGUGGUCUUGGCCUGACCCCCUCUGGCAACAUUGGUGACAAGUGCUCCAUCUUCGAAGCUGUCCACGGUUCAGCACCUGAUAUUGCUGGCAAGCAGCUCGCCAACCCCACCGCGCUCCUUCUCAGCUCCAUCAUGAUGCUGCGACACAUGGGCUUGAACAAGGAAGCCGCCAACAUCGAGCAGGCUAUCUUCAAGGUCCUUGCUGAGGGCAAGACUAUCACCGGUGAUCUCGGCGGUAAGUCCAAGACAUACGAGUAUGCGGACGCGGUCAUCAAGUCCUUGAAGUAG